GACCUAGAAGGGGCGCCUGAGGGGCGACCUUAGAGAUGCUGGGGGCCACUUGGCCAACAGAGCGGUUAGCCUCCUAACCCCGCGCCGCGCAGAGUGACCGAGGCGAGGAGCGCGCGCGCCCGCGCACUAGCGCACACCCGGCAGGAAAAAGCCUGGCUCGAGAUUCCGCGCGUUCGCGUUCGAGAGGAAAAAAAAGUCUUUCCCCGCCGGGCCCGCGGCAAUUUAGGCCGGAGUUGGACGGCGAGCGCGCGUGCGCGUGCGCGCACAGACGCCCUCCUCCGCCGCUCCCAGCCCCUGGGGUUCUAGCACACCGCUCCGUAAUCCCCACCGCUUCCGAGGCUCGUGUCCUCGGGGCGAGUACCCUGCGCCUGAGGAAGAGGGAAGGAGCGUCUGCCAAGGGAACGGAGAAAGCGGACGGGGAUACGAGAAAAGGAAAAACCGCCCUCGCGGAGUGAGGUGCCCGGCAACCGGGCUGGAGCCUGCCGAGACACGCCUCCAUCCCUCACGCCCCUCGGGGCUGCGGAAGUGCACUGGAGACUGGAGGCCACAGGUGGACUAUAGUUCCCAGAAGGCGGCGCGGUGCUGCGCCUACUUCUCCCGGCAGCAUCCGCGCGCCAGGCUUUUUUCAGUUUGCUGCUGCCUAAGGCCAAACUACAGUUCCCAGGAGGCCUUCGCGCGAAGCGACUUGGAAGUGGGCAGCCUGGAAGUCACUCGGGCCACUGGAGCUGGCGGCGUCUCCAACAAGCGGUGCUGGGUCGGACUCCGCGGUCUUGCGGCCCUCGGGGUGGGCAGCCGGGACGCCCAGCAUGGCAGGGGAGACACCCCUGCGGCCCACCAACCGUCAUCCCCACCUGCUGCGUUCUGUGCCCUGCCAAGCCACUCGGGCUGGAGUCCCCAGGACAGCACCUGCCUCCUGAGGUUGUCCUGGUUCAGCUGUCCACAGCAAUGGUGGAGAACUGGAUUCCACAGGCUCACAACCUUCCCAUCAGGUUUCCGGGGCCAGCAUCCUUCCAACUGGGACUGGUGGCCCUGAACAAUGGCUGAGGGCCAGGGGACCCCAUAGAGUUACUCCACAGCUUACAGAGGGGCCAGUAGCACGGGGACUAUGACCACCUAUAGGCCCAUUCCCAAUGAUGGUGUGGACCUGGCCACCAGCUGUGGGGCCAGGGGGGCUGAGGUCCUCCCCGGGCCUCACACAGGGGACUACGCUCCCAUGGGAUUCUGGGUCCAGAACGGAGGCAUGCCACAGCCUGUUGGUGAGAGCCCGGCCAGCGCCACCACCCGCCCCAGUCCCACCACCCCUGCAGUGCCCAAGAUGGGCGUGCGUGCAAGAGUGGCCGACUGGCCACCCAAGCGGGAGGCUCUGAGGGAGCAGAACAACCCAAGCCCCUCACAGGACACAGAUGGCACAAAGGCCCCAAGGGUGGCCCAUUCCAUGAGGAGCAUACAGAACGGACAGCCCCCUGCCAGCAUCCCAGCUUCCUCAGGGUCCAAAGCUUUCCACCGACUCUCCAGGAGAAGGUCCAAAGAUGUGGAAUUCCAGGAUGGGUGGCCCCGGUCCCCCGGGAGGGCCUUCCUCCCCCUGCGGAACCGCAGCAGCAGCGAGAUCACCCUCAGCGAGUGUGACGCCGAGGACAUGGGGGAGCCCCGGGGCACCCGGCACAUGGGGGCACUGCCCCUCUUCCGGGAGUAUGGGAGCACGUCCUCCAUCGAUGUGCAGGGCGUGUCUGAGCAGAGCUUCUUUGACAUUCUCAACGAGUUCCGCAGUGGGCAGCCCGAGGCCCGGGGCUCCCAGAACCUCACUGAGCUCCUCCAGGCCGGCCCCGGCCCUCACCUCCCAGGCGGCUGCAGCGGAGCCAUGGGGGACCCCCGCAGCGGGCAGCCCACGAAGGACAACCUUCUCUCGCUGCAGCCCCUGAAGGAGAAGGAGAAGGCCCGGAAGAAACCCGUGCGAGGCCCGGGCAGCGGGGACUCCGUGGAUUCGUCCAUCUUCCGGAAGCUGAGGAGCAGUAAAGCGGAGGGCGACGCGGGUCGGGCCCCGGGGGAGGCAGAGGAGGGGCGGGGCGCCGCGGAGGCCGGCCGGCCGUGGGUCUGCCAGAAGAGCUUCGCCCACUUUGACGUGCAGAGCAUGCUGUUCGACCUCAAUGAGGCGGCCGCCAACAGGGCGUCCACGGCCCAGCGGCGGAACACCACCACGGGCGCCUCGGCCGCCUCCGCCACGGCGUCCCUCCCGGCGCCACGGACCCACGGCCUCGGGGGCCCGGACCCCGCCUUCACCAGCACGGAGGACUUGAACUGCAAGGAGAACCUGGAGCAGGACCUCGGCGAUGACAACAGCAACGACCUGCUGCUCAGCUGCCCCCACUUCCGCAACGAGAUUGGAGGCGAGUGCGAGCGCAACGUGGGCUUCUCCCGGGCCUCCGGGGGCGCCCCGGGUGGCGGCAGUGGCGGCGAGGGCCACCUGCCGGAGCCCGCCCGGAGCGCCUACCGCACCAACGCCAGCAUCUCCGUGCUGGAGGUGCCCAAAGAGCAGCAGAGAACACAGAGUCGCCCUCGGCAGUACAGCAUCGAGCACGUGGACCUGGGCGCACGCUACUACCAGGACUACUUCGUGGGCAAAGAGCACGCCAAUUACUUUGGUGUGGACGAAAAGUUGGGGCCGGUGGCCGUGAGCAUCAAACGGGAGAAGCUGGAAGACCACAAGGACCACGGGCCCCAGUACCAGUACAGGAUCAUCUUCCGGACCCGUGAGCUCAUAACCCUGCGGGGCUCCAUCCUGGAGGAUGCCACCCCCACAGCCACAAAGCAUGGGACUGGGCGAGGCCUCCCCCUGAAGGAUGCCCUUGAGUACGUCAUCCCCGAGCUCAACAUCCACUGCCUGCGGCUGGCUCUCAACACCGCCAAGGUGACGGAGCAGCUCCUGAAGCUCGACGAGCAAGGGCUCUGCCGGAAACACAAAGUGGGCGUCCUUUACUGUAAGGCUGGCCAGAGCUCGGAGGAGGAGAUGUACAACAACGAGGAGGCCGGCCCUGCCUUCGAGGAGUUCCUCUCCCUGAUCGGCGAGAAGGUCUGCCUGAAGGGCUUCGCCAAGUACGCUGCCCAGCUGGAUGUCAAGACUGACUCCACGGGAACCCACUCCCUCUACACGACGUACCAGGACUACGAGAUCAUGUUCCACGUCUCCACCCUGCUCCCCUAUACUCCCAACAACAGGCAGCAGCUACUAAGGAAGAGGCACAUAGGAAACGACAUUGUGACCAUCAUCUUCCAGGAGCCGGGGGCGCUGCCUUUCACCCCCAGGAACAUCCGCUCACACUUUCAGCAUGUCUUCAUCAUUGUCCGAGCCCACAACCCCUGCACUGAUAGCGUCUGCUACAGUAUGGCUGUGACCCGAUCCAAAGACGCGCCUUCUUUCGGCCCCCCGAUCCCCAGUGGGACCACAUUCCGCAAGUCUGAUGUCUUCAGAGACUUCUUGCUGGCCAAGGUGAUCAAUGCUGAGAACGCUGCACACAAGUCCGACAAGUUCCACACCAUGGCCACCCGGACCCGCCAGGAGUACCUCAAGGACCUGGCUGAGAACUGCGUCUCCAGCACCCCCAUAGACUCCACUGGAAAAUUCAACCUCAUCUCCCUGACCUCCAAGAAGAAGGAGAAGACAAAAGCGCGGGCAGGCGCUGAGCAGCACAGCUCAGGGGCCAUCGCCUGGAGGGUGGCAGCUCAGGACUAUGCCCAGGGGGUAGAAAUCGACUGCAUUUUGGGAAUUUCCAACGAGUUUGUGGUGCUUCUGGACCUACGCACCAAGGAGGUGGUAUUCAACUGCUACUGUGGGGAUGUCAUUGGGUGGACCCCAGACUCCUCGACACUCAAAAUCUUCUAUGGGCGAGGGGACCACAUCUUCGUGCAGGCUGCAGAGGGCUCUGUGGAGGACAUACGGGAAAUCGUCCAGAGACUGAAGGUGAUGACCAGUGGCGGGGAGACAGUGGACAUGACCCUGCGGCGGAACGGGCUCGGGCAGCUGGGCUUCCACGUGAAGUACGAUGGGACUGUGGCUGAAGUUGAGGACUAUGGUUUUGCCUGGCAGGCCGGCCUCCGGCAAGGCAGCCGGCUGGUGGAAAUCUGCAAGGUGGCCGUGGUCACGCUGAGCCACGACCAGAUGAUCGAUCUUCUGCGCACCUCUGUCACCGUCAAGGUGGCCAUCAUCCCUCCUUUUGACGACGGCACGCCCCGGAGGGGCUGGCCGGAGACCUAUGACAUGAACACCUCGGAGUCCAGGACCGAGCCGGAGAGCGUGCCUCCCGGGGCGCGGCCUCCCUACCGCAGCAAUGCGCCCUGGCAGUGGAGCGGGCCCGCGUCCCAUAACCCUCUGCCAGCCUCCAAGUGGGCCACUCCCGCCACCCCCGGCCACGCCCAGUCCCUGAGCCGGCCCCCGAAGCAGACCCCCCUAGUCCCCUUCCGGGAGUCCCAGCCCCUGCACAGCAAAAGGCCCGUCAGCUUCCCAGAAACCCCUUACAUGGCGUCACCAGCAGGGGCCGAUAAAGUCCCUCCCUACCGGCAGCCUUCUGGGAGCUUCUCCACCCCCAGCUCAGCCACCUACGCAAGAUACAAGCCGUCCCCAGAAAGGUAUGCGGCCGCCCCCCACCCACUGCUGUCUUUUGAUCCCCACUUCGGCCACGAAGGGACGUCCAGCGGCGACUCCUCCUCAGGCGGCCUAACCAGCCAGGAGAGCACCAUGGAGCGCCAGAAGCCAGAGCCUUUGUGGCAUGUGCCUGCCCAGGCCCGGCUCUCGGCCAUGGCUGGAAGCAGCGGGAGCAAGCAUGCCUCCCGGCAGGACACAACAGGCAAAGAUUCCCCCAACCGGCAUUCCAAAGGAGAGCCUCAGUACUCCAGUCAUUCCAGCAGCAACACCCUCUCCAGCAACGCGUCCAGCAGCCACAGCGAUGAUCGCUGGUUCGACCCACUGGAUCCCCUAGAGCCAGAGCAAGACCCCCUCUCCAAGGGCGGCUCCAGUGACAGCGGCAUUGACACCACCCUGUACACCUCCAGCCCCAGCUGCAUGUCCCUGGGCAAGGCACCUCGGCCGGCCAAGCCACACAAGUCCCCGGGAAAUAUGGGCCUUUGUGGGGGCGGACGCGAGGCUGCUGGCCGGCCCCUCCACACAGACAAGCGGCGGGAAGUUUCACCUGCCCCCGUGGCUGCGGGCCAGAGCAAGGGCUACCGACCGAAGCUGUACUCCUCAGGCUCCAGCACCCCUACAGGCCUGGCCGGCGGCACCCGCGACCCACCAAGGCAGCCGAGUGACAUGAGCUCAAGGGCUGGCUACCCCGCUCAGGUUUACAAAACUGCCAGCACAGAGACUCCUCGGUCCUCACAGCUGGCCCAGCCCGGCCCUUUCCAGCUCUCCGCCUCUGUCCCCAAGUCCUUCUUCUCCAAGCAGCCCGUGCGCAAUAAGCACCAAACAGGGUGGAAGAAAGUGGACGAGCCCCCGCCACGGCCACUCCCCUUCACUGACCCAAAGAAGCAGGUGGACACCAACACGAAGAACGUCUUCGGGCAGCCGCGGCUGCGGGCGUCCCUCCGAGAUCUCCGCUCCCCACGGAAGAACUACAAAUCUACCAUUGAGGACGACCUGAAGAGGCUCAUUGUCAUGGACAACCUGGGACCUGAGCAAGAGAGAGAUGCAGGGCAGUCACCGCAGAAGAGCCUGCAGCGGACGCUGUCCGACGAGAGUCUGUGCAGCGGGCGGCGGGAGCCCAGCUUUGCCAACCCUGCCAGUCUGGAGCCCAGCCUGCCCAGUGAUGUGCUCUUCACCAGCACCUGCGCCUUUCCCUCCAGCACACUGCCCGCCCGCCGCCAGCACCAGCACCCCCACCUGCCCGGCAGCAGUGGCCCCAGCACCAGCCCCACCACUGGCAAUGGCUUCCCAGAGAAGAAAUCCACCAUCUCAGCCUCCGAGCUCUCACUGGCCGAUGGGCGGGACCGGCCACUGCGGCGCCUUGACCCUGGAAUGAUGCCACUGCCCGACACGGCUGCCGGCCUUGAGUGGUCCAGCCUGGUAAAUGCAGCCAAGGCUUACGAAGUGCAGAGAGCCAUCUCGCUCUUCUCUCUCAACGACCCAGCUCUGAGUCCAGACGUCCCGCCUGCACACAGUCCUGUGCACAGCCACCUGAGCCUGGACAGGGGGCCCCCGACCCCGAGGACCACCCCUACCAUGAGCGAGGAGCCGCCCCUCGAUCUGACAGGCAAGGUGCACCAGCUAGAGGUGAUGCUGAAACAGCUGCACACAGACCUCCAGAAGGAGAAGCAGGACAAGGCGGUGCUGCAGUCGGAGGUGGCCAGCCUGCGGCAGAACAACCAGCGCCUGCAGGAAGAGUCGCAGGCCGCCAGUGAGCAGCUGCGCAAGUUCGCGGAGAUCUUCUGCAGGGAGAAGAAGGAACUCUGAGGUGGAGAGGCCGCCGUCCCACCCCUCCACGCAGGCAGCCCAUGGGCUCCUGCUGUCUCCCUCAACUGGAUCCCAGUGGCAAGUGUGACCAAGUCAGUCCUGCCAGGGCAUCACCGUCCUCCCCGUGGACCCAGAAAGCCCAGAUGGCAGAGGCCUCCCCGGGGCUGUGAGCCGGGGUCUGCUCCUGGUCCUCAAGCCCCAGAGGGCCGGUGGGCUCAGGCCUGCCUCUGAUCGCCCCUCUCUGGUCUCGGGGUGCUGGCCAUGCCUACCCCACCCUCCAGGGGCCCGUCCUGCCCUCUCACCCAGCCGCUUCCUAGGACCAAGCCAUCAGAAGCUGCCGGAAGAGGAGAAGGAGGGCAGGAGUGAGUCUCCAAACCUCACAGCUCCAGGAAUCCACAAACCAGGUUUCUUCACCACUUGCAACUGGAUUUGGGCUUGUGGGGCCCAGCCCCCUAUAUGAAGUCACAGCAUGAAACUCACCCAUUCUUCCCCAGGCCCCAGAAAGAUGAGGGCCUGUGUGGAAAUGGACCAGGGCAUCCUCAGUCCUGGUGCACUAGCUCCAAAAAGCACGAACACUGUCCCCUCCCUCCCCUAUCCUUCCAAAAAGCAGCCAGGAGCACUUUCUUAGAGUUUCAGUUAUUUUCUUAGGGAGUCCCAGGAUGGAGAAAGGAAACCCCAGCAUGGAAUCAACUUCUUUGAAGGGAAAACUCUGUUUGCACACUCGGGACCAUUUAUAAAGUCUUUUUUGAACAGCUCUCAACCGCCAGAGGCCAGGGCACCUGGGCCCCUCCACCUUGGAGCUACUGCCCCCAUGAGGCCCAGGUGCAGAGCCCACAUGGCCCCGGCCCCAGCCACGCCCACCAACCCCGCAGCCACGGUCCCCUUCUGCGCACCAGGAGGCUCCGCGGAGCCCCCAGGUCAGGGCUGGAGAGAAACAGCCUUCAUCUCCUCCCGGUUUUGUUCUCCCUUCGCAAGUCCCUCGGCCCAUCUUGCAGGCCUCACAGCGGCAGCGACAUCAGACACCCUCACUGUGCUCCCCGGGGAGCGCUCUGCUCCGCAAACCCCCAUGAGGCGCUGGUUCUCUAAAGGCAAUAAGGGGCAGCUUGCCAGGCAGCCAAGCUGGUGUGGUACUACACUGUUCACCCAGGAAACAGAGUUCUUUCUUUUAAAAACAAAUAUAUAUAUAUAUAUAUUUAUUUUUUCAUGUAAAGUUGCGCCAGAACAAGUCUGUAUGGCCACAAUCUGUGGAUUCUCCCAACCUCAAGCUGAGGACCGAGGCGUGUCACGUGUGGGCCAGGGCUCAGAGGGAUAAAGCCCGCGGGGGCAGGCAGGCCAGCCAGCGUGCCUUUCUGGGAGGCACCAGGUGUGGGGAGGGGACACCAGGCUCAGAGCAGCAGGCUCCUGGCUGGUGACCAGUGCCAGGCUGCCCAGCCCUUGUCCAGAGACCCCACCACCUUCUCUUUGGGGCCAGAAACCUCAGGGAAGGGGACUCUGGGGACUGCGCCCGGCAAGGGAAGUGGGGGAGACACAUCGGUUGUCAUCAGCCAGCACCCCCUCUCCCUUGCCCGUGCUGUGAGAUAGGGGAUGCUCAGUCCUCAGCCCUGGCCAACUACUGUGAUGUCUCUACCCCUCUUCCCGGGUCCCAUUCUCAGAAGGGCUCUCCAGGACCACCCAGCCCCUUUUCGUAGACCCUGACCUGGAGGCCAUCCCUCCCCUCCCUUUUUCACCUCAUCAGAUCAUUCAAAUCACUUGGGGGACCUAAUCAUGUACAUUCACAAGUGUAAAUUAUGAUUUUGCCUUUGUGUUUUGUUAUUUUUUAAGGAUCUCUGCAAAACAAAUUAUUUAAUUUGAGGGUGUUCUAUCUGAUGGCUGAAGAUAGGGGUUCUUCAUAUGUUGAUUUGUUUCAUUUGGAUUUUUUAUUGUUCUUUAUUGUCUUUUUUUUUUUUCGAUCCCUGUCUUGAGAUUUUCUGGCAUGUUUCUGGAGGUUUCAAAGGAAAUAAAUGUUUCAUAGAAAUGGC